AUGCAUUUCCCUCUAACCACUCUCUUUUCGUCCGUGCUCUUCGCCAUUCUGGCUUCAUCCAAGGUUGUCUCUCUCGACAAAGAUGUCAGAAUGUGUGACGACAGUUUUGGUAUCCCGUCGGAGUUGCCCGGUGGUUUCUCCAAUGUCGAUUGUGACGAAGAGAACGUAAAGGAAGCCGAAAACCUCAUACAAGUUCCCGGGGCAGAGAUUUUGGGGGCCACUAUGCAGGCGGUAGCCGGUGAGAAGUAUGUCUUCUUCGUGAGGUACUGGAAGAGGAAAUCUGCCAUUGCUAACAGAGGUGUUCACUAUAGGAUGGUCUUGGCCGAAGUCAAGGCCUUCCUCAAGCAGGAGGACGCCGAACAGGUCGCGAGGGAAAUAAAUGGACAGCUGAACAGCAUGGCCAAAGAUAUGGCGGAUAGAAUGACCGAAAGCAUGGCGUAUAGCGUUGGGGCGCUCGCAGGUGACCCUCCCGGCCUAACUGGUACGAGCGAGGGCGAACUAGCCCGCGAUUCUUUUCUAAGAAUCCUUAUAGAUCUGGAGACCCUCAAGGAACGCGUUGAAUCACUGGAACCCCCCAGUCAAGCUAUCUCUGCCCCUGUCAGCCCUGAAUGUUCUGUUACUGCAAUAGUGGCAAUAAAAGCGUCUUUGAUUUCUCACCUCAACUCUCGCUGGGACGACCAUGAAUUCCGGAUGUACAUUGACAUGGGAACUCUUAGCACUCGCAUGCAUGCUCAAAUACACGACACGCAACGAUCAAACGCAAUGCCUAUGCCUUUCCCGAAGGAAGAGAUGCCUUUUAAACAGCAAUGGUAUUUUCAAAAUCUGGAUCAGCAGGACAUGGAUUCCGCCUGUCAGGAUUUGUACGACGGGGGCAAAGCACACGCGCGAGGUACUCUUAUAUAG